AUGAAUCACGGAAGUCCACUUAAUGCAACACAAGAAGUCAACAAAACGCUUGAAAUACCUAAAGAUCAUACUUGUAUUCACAUGACUAUGAAACAAACUGCAAUCAAUCAAUUGAAAUAUUAUUUACAACAAAAAGAUCUUAUGAGAUCUUUACCAGACAUAUCUUUAAAUCAAUUUCAAUCUUUACAAAACUAUGUUAAUCAAUGGGAAGAUCAACAUGAUGACCUUAUUUAUUUUGACAUUCAAGGUGAAGAUACUGAUUUUCCAGACAAAUUGGUUUUUAUUUACUCUGAUAAUGAUAUGAUCUCUCAAAUUCAUGAAAAACCACCAAUUUAUCACUUAGACUCUACGUUUAAAUUAAUUAUUCAUGGAUUUCCUUUUUAUGUAUUAGCUACCAAAUUUGCUAAUACUCAUUCUAUCCCUUUGUGUUAUUUUAUAAUAUAUCCAGAUAAUAGUGAAAAUAUUUCUUUUUGCUUAAGUAAAUAUUUUGAAACAACUCACACAGAACCUGAAUUUAUCAUGUCUGGCUGUGCACUAAACAUUUUCAACGGGAUUAGGAAUUCAUUUCCGGAGUGCAAUAUCUUUUGGUGCGCGCUACAUGUAAUACGCGCACUUAAAAAGAAUCUCUCAAAGAUAAAUGAUGAAGAGAUUAGAUCAGAAGUCGAAAAAUUUAUGAACAUUUUAUGUUAUUAUCGUGAUUGCACAGAAGAAGAUGCUGCAAAAAUGUAUAAAGAGCACAUUAUUGAUAAAAUUCAAGAUCAAUUGGAAUUUAAUCAAUACUUUACACGUCAGUGGGACAUUCAUAAACAACAGUGGAUAGCCGCUGCCAGACCAAAUGAAUUAACCGUUGUGAAUAACGUUUCUGAAUCUUUAUUUAAAAAGAUAAAAUAUCACGAUUUUGGCUGCGUUAAAAAUCAAAGAAUUGAUAUUUUUGUCAAAAAUCUUUUAGAAGAAGUUGCACCCAAUUACUUUUAUCGUAUUAAAAACGAUUUACUUCAAACAGGUUUUAUUCCUUCAAUUAGAAUUCGCGAGCCUCGAUUGACAGAUUAUAAAACAAAAUUGAAAAGAGAAGUUCAAUCACGUUUAUACCAAGUAUUAAAUUUUGUUCAGAAUCAAGAAGCCAAUUUGAAUCCAUUAAGAUUUUUAUUGGAAAAUGCUGAAGAAAAACUUUCUCAAAUAAAUGAGAAGAUACAAAAUUCAAUUACAUAUUUAAGAUCGUUUGAAAUUCCAAAUGAAUUGUUAGAUACGUAUAUGUUAGAAAUUAAUGAAUUUUGUUAUAAUUCUCCAGGUUAUAUUUUAGAACAUUUCGAAGAAUUUUUGGAGGAUUUCAAAGAAAAGAAUAAUUUAAUAGACUAA